GAGAGAUUUAGAGAGAGAGAGAGGAGAGAGAAGCGAAAAGACGUACUACUACCUACAUUCAUUGAUCUACGAAUCAGCGACCACUACUUUGUUGAUUUUUCCCCGCCAAUCUUCCGUCUCAUCCGACUGGUACAAAUCCGGUAGUUUUUGACGGAGAAGACGAUGUCGAUCGGCGCAUCUCCUCUCUCCUUGCAGUUUCACGCUUUUAAACCAGCGAGCUCGCGAUUUAGAGCUUGCGCCGCCGAGGUCCCCGAUUUCUUCUCCGCCGACUGGCUCGAGUCUCGCAAAAAACGACCUUUCGGUCCGAGAUUGAGUUUUAGUGCAGAGGAAGCGGUCGGAUACCAACUUGAUGCAUUGAUGUUCAACGACCAACCUCGGCCUGAUUAUGGCAUUGAAGUCAUGUAUCGGUUUGCGGGAUUUGAUCCUUUUGAAAGAUCGACCUACUUCGGCCCCUUCUUUGAUUUAGGUCAGUUCGAAAGAUUUAGACGAAUCUUCCACCAUUCUAGCUAUCGAGUUUUACUUGGUCACAAAGAAAGAAAUAUAUUGAGCAGUUUAAACGUUAACGAGAAUUGCUAUAAGCAGCGUGUGUGGGUACGAGGAGCUCGACCUGAAGAAGAAGAGGUAUUUCAAUUUACUAUGGUUCAGAGAGUUGGCGGUUCUUGGGAUGGUUAUUGGCUGACAGAAUCCGUACUUCACGAUGGAGAUAGCUUUUCCGGUGGAGUGGCAUAUUAAACCUGUUUGUCCGCCCCGAUAUGACCAAAAUGUAAAAUCGUAAAUACCGACAUUUGCUAUUGAAAUUUGAAGCGUACAUUGUUUGUAAGCUUCUGUAUACUUGUUAAUAGAAUGUGUGAAUAUUGAAUAAUAAUCAAAGUUAGAAAAGUGUUGUAUUUGUAAACACUCUUUUUUGUACAGGAACAUGAUAUUAUGUAUAUAUGGUUAUGGCUUAGUGCUUCAUGUAUGAAAUGUCUACUUUAACCUU